AUGGCCUCCCGAACCGCGGUGCGCUCAUUGAGCUCCCUGCCACAUGCGGUCGCUAGAACGUCGAACACCUCCGCAUUGGCCCGCACCGGACUGACGUUGGCUGCUCGCUCCCCCGCCUCGUUCGCUAGCCAACGCUCGCUCUGCUCCAACUCCCGUCACCUGCAACAGUUCCCCCGCCUCCAGUCCGUCCAGUCCUUCUCAAACAAGAGAUCCUUCAGCUCAACAGUCACAAUGGCUUCGGGAUCCCGCACCGAGAGCGAUGCCUUUGGCGAAAUCCAGGUCCCCGCCGAUAAGUACUGGGGUGCGCAGACUCAGCGCUCCCUGGGUAACUUCGACAUCAACCAGCCUCAGGACCGCAUGCCUGAUGCCGUUGUCAAGGCUUUCGGUGUCCUGAAGAAUGCUGCUGCUACUGUGAACAUCAAGUAUGGUCUUGACCCUAAGAUUGGUGAGGCUAUCAAGCAGGCUGCCGGUGAAGUCGCCGAGGGCAAGCUCCUCGACCACUUCCCCCUGGUCGUUUGGCAGACCGGUUCCGGCACUCAGUCCAACAUGAACUCGAACGAAGUCAUCUCCAACCGUGCCAUUGAGAUCCUAGGAGGCAAGAUGGGCACUAAGAAGCCCGUCCACCCCAACGACCACGUCAAUAUGUCCGCUUCGUCUAACGACUCGUUCCCCACUGCCAUGCAUAUCGCCGCUGUCGUGGAGCUUGAGAACACUCUCCUUCCUUCCCUGAAGAGUCUCCGUGAUGCUCUCCAGAAGAAGGUGGACAACUUCCAGCACAUCAUCAAGAUCGGCCGUACCCAUCUCCAGGAUGCCACCCCUCUUACCCUCGCCCAGGAAUUCUCUGGUUACGUUGCUCAGCUGGACCGCAACGUUGAGCGCGUCCAGAACUCCCUACCCCACCUGCGCCAACUUGCCCAGGGUGGUACCGCCGUCGGUACUGGUCUGAACACCUUCAAGGGCUUCGACGAGGCCAUCGCCGCGGAGGUCUCCAAGCUGACCGGCACCGAGUUCAAGACCGCCCCUAACAAGUUCGAGGUUCUUGCUGCCCACGACGCCAUCGUCGAGGCCUCUGGUUCUCUUAACACCCUUGCUGGCUCUCUGUUCAAGAUCGCGCAGGAUAUCCGUUACCUCGGAUCCGGCCCCCGCUGCGGUCUCGGCGAGCUUAUCCUCCCUGAGAAUGAGCCCGGUUCUUCCAUCAUGCCUGGAAAGGUUAACCCUACCCAGUGCGAGUCCUUGACCAUGGUAUGCUCUCAGGUCAUGGGUAACCACGUUGCUGCCACCAUUGGCGGUAUGAACGGCCAGUUUGAGCUGAAUGUGUUCAAGCCCCUUUUGAUCCGCAACCUUCUGCACAGCGUUCGCAUCCUUGCCGACGGAAUGAAGAGCUUCGAGAAAAACCUUGUGGCUGGUCUUGAGGCCAACGAGCCCAGAAUCAACACCCUCCUCCACGAGAGUCUGAUGCUUGUUACCUGCCUAAACCCCGUCAUUGGUUACGACAUGGCCUCCAAGGUCGCCAAGAACGCCCACAAGAAGGGCACCACCCUCAAGGAGAGUGCUAUGGAGCUCAAGGCACUCAGUGAGGAGGACUUUGACAAGCAUGUCCGCCCUGAGCUGAUGCUGAGCCCCAAGGAGAAGAAAUAG